GUCUGAUUGGGAUUGCCAAACGUAUGCGGCAUUCCCAGUAAUUGCAUUGUGAUUGCACAUAUAUUCCAAAUAGAUACUACUCAGUGGUAACCUCUUUCGCCAUGUCGUUAUUUGGAGAUGAGGAUUCUGUUCCUUCAGCGCCAGCUUCCAAGUCCCGACUCUCCCUCUUUGACGAUGAACCAAGUCCAGCUCUCGGAUCGAAGUCUUCCCUGUUCGCAGACGACGAUAGUGCCCCAGGUCCAUCGCCUUGGGGUCUGCCAACUCCGAAGAAAGCUGCACGAGGAGAUGUGAUCAAGAAUCUGCUUCCAGCAUCAGACGUACCUGAUAGCUACAUUGAUACUUUCGACGACAUGAUCAAGGCGGGAGAUGGCCUCGGGGGAAGGAUAACUGCCGCCGGAGCUACAAAGUUCUUGAGUACCGCCAAACUAGGUGCUGAUGAGCAGAGCCGUAUCGUGAGCAUUGUCAGUUCUGGUGGACAGCUCUCCGAUCUCAGCAGAAACGAAUUCAAUGUAUUUCUCGCAUUGAUUGGGCUAGCGCAGGAGCAUGAAGAUAUUACUCUGGAUGGCGUUGAUGAGAGACGAAGAAAUUUACCAGUACCAAAGCUUCCAAGUCUGUCAACAACCUCUGCAGCAUUCGCUAGAGCAUCGGAACUUGCUGCAAAGCCUCCCCAGCGACCGAUAACCCCUCCUCCAGCUCCCGCAUCUGUUUCGCCCCCAAAAGCUCGUACGAUGAGGAAAGUCUCACUCGAAUUCCCGGAAGCGGACCCCUGGGGAAGUCCAGCUAUGCACAGAGGUCACAAUCACGAUUCGAGCCCACCGAAGAUGAACGGGACAGCAAGGGAACCAAGUAAUGGAAUUCGUGAGCCGGUCAGGACUACAAGUACUUUCACAACUACAUCGACAGAAGGUUCGAACGGCGCCUCCAAUCAGGCGUCUGAAAGUAUAGCUUCCCCUCCAGUAGCGGGUGUCUGGGGCUCAUACGACGGGGACUCAAGCGCACCCUUCCCGAACCCAGGCGAAUCUGUAGUUGGAGGUGGUGGAUUUGGUGGCGGUGGAGGAGAUCGUCCUACAUCAAACCCUCCCGUCAGGUCCUUUGGUGGUGGACAGGUGACGAUUGGAGGAGUGGAAGAGGUUGUGACAGUUACCUUGCUGCCGGAAAAGGAGGGAAUGUUCAUGUUUCAACACCAUAAUUACCAAGUCUCAAGUCCCCGGCGAGGAAGCAAGGUUGUCAGGAGAUUUAGCGACUUUGUAUGGCUCCUGGAAUGCCUACUAAAGAGAUACCCAUUUCGACAAUUACCUCUUCUGCCGCCAAAGAGAGUAGGAGUCAAUGGAAAUCACCUCGCUGCUGACAGCACUUUCAUUGAGAAGCGGAGAAGAGGGCUCGCUCGAUUCUCCAAUUCGCUUGUCAGACACCCUGUGCUGGGCCAAGAACAACUCGUUAUCAUGUUCUUGACUGUUCCAACCGAGCUUGCUGUGUGGCGUAAGCAAGCCACGAUCUCGGUUCAAGAGGAGUUUGUAGGGAGACCAUUACCUCCAGGAUUGGAGGAUUCUCUCUCCCCUACCUUGAAUGAGCUGUUUGAGACGAGUCGAACUGGCAUUCGGCGUUCUGCCGAGAUUUACAUUAACUUGUGUAAUCUGAUGGAUCGACUUGCAAAGCGCCAUGAAGGUCUCGCUGCCGAUCAAUUGCGCUUGUCGCUCUCAUUAGAGGCAUUGACGGAUGCAUCGCAGGAUACAUAUGCAACAGACACGAAUGAUGUUCCACUACUGAAUGAAGGUCUCCACGCUACAGCUAAGCAUCUUUCUAAUAGCCAAAGCCUUUUGCAAGACGAGGCUAGAGCGUGGGAUCAAGGCGUUUUGGAAGAUCUGAAGAGGCAAAGAGAUGCCUUAGUCAGUAUGAGAGAGAUGUUCGAUCGUCGAGACCGAUAUGAUAAGGACAACAUUCCAUAUCUAGAGCGAAGGAUACAGACCAAUGAAGCUAAGCUUGUGGCAAUUCGGGCGAAACCAGAGGGCUUGGUAAAGCCAGGGGAGAUUGAGAAAGUCACCGAGGCUAUAAUUAAGGACAAGGAAUCUAUCGUCGCCCAGCAUGCCCGGGGAGUCUUCAUCAAGGAGUGCACACGAGACGAACUCAUUUAUUUCCAGUCGACUCAAUAUCAUGUGAGCCGAUGGAAUCAGGACUGGGCGCAAGAGAGAGUCAAAUAUUCGGAACUGCAGGCCGAUAAUUGGAAACAGUUGCAGGAAGAGCUUGAGAGCAUGCCCUUGGGCGACUAAGUUGACGCUGGAAAGCCUAAUUUCUCUUUGUACAUUUCCGGUUGUACUAUGCUUCAUGAUUGAGCGGCAUUGAUUCAGGGUAGUCUAGGGCCUCAUAUGGGCUUUUGUAUGUAUACACUUGAGGGAGUAGCUCCGGAACAGAGGUGAAUACUUGAGGUCUCUCUCGAGCGCUAAUGGGAAGCAAGCUGCCCGUGUUCCGACUAUUCAUCGAGAACUGAAUGUGAUGCUCC